AUGAACACAUCUACCGAUGUGCAACAAGCCUCCGGCGACGCAGAAGAUGGGAGCUCCAACUUUUUGGCCGAGGUCGAUGGGCUCCAGCCUUCUUCGCUUUUCAAUAAACAGGCUACAAGAGGCAAAUUCUCCAUGGAGAACAUCUUGAGUAUUGGUAGAGAGCUGGAUUCAGAUCCGGCCCAGUCGCCGUCAACAUUUCCCGAAGGCGAUCCUAUAAUGAAAAGGGUUAUAUCGUACCAUAUAGCUACUUCGCUCUUUGAAGGCUUCAUCCGGAGUUUUAACCCAUUUAUCUGCGUCUUCGAUCCUUCUUUCCACACCUUUCAAUAUGUCCGAGAACAAUCCUCAUUUCUUUUGACAGUCAUGCUCUCUGUGUCCGCAAAAGCAUUCAAUCCGUCACUAUAUCCCGACCUUCAUAGAUAUUCAGAAAAACUAUUUUCUGACGCUAUCGCGCGAGGCGCAAAAUCUCCUGAAAUUAUACAGGCCAUAGUACUCAAGACGUACUGGAAACAAUCAGAUGAUACCCGAUCCUGGCCUAUCAUUGGAUACGCCAUUAGGUUAUCGAUGGAACUGGGUUGGCACAAAUUACUGUUAAAAGAGGAGGACAUGACAGCUAUGUCGAUUGGCGAAAUUCUGAAGAGACGCAAUAUCGAACGUACAUGGCUAGUGCUUUUUGUCUAUGACCGCAGGUUCGUUCCCCUCCCUAAAGACAUUCCUUCGAAAAAACUAAAAUCAGACCAGCAUGAGCUUGCAAAAUGGGAAACCUUGGAUGAUCGAGCGAAGUGA